AUGUGCUGGGUGCCUGCGACGGUGUCGCCUGAGAAAGACAAUUUUGCCGAGUACUGCAUUCGUGGAAUGGCUAAUACGUUGGCCAAUCUUCACGGAACGACCGCCUUUUCUUGGGUCCAGGUUGUCAUCACAUUGAAGUCACCAAGCUCGAGCCUACACGGUUUAGGUUUGAAGGCUUUUGAAGAGAAGCUGAGAAAGGAGAUCCCGUCCUUGGCUGGUUCUGCCUUGGAUUGGAAAAGGCUGAAGGAGGCUCGAGCUCGUAGCGCAGCAGGUUUUUUUGUCAAACUUCACAGCAUGAAGCGCGACUUUGCGGAGAUGGGGGCCAAGGUCUUCUGCUACCAGGGCAUCAAUGUGCAGUGGCCCUUCGCGGGGCAGAUCAUGAGUGGGGAGAAGGUGGAAGAGGUCAGAAAAUACCCGCCGGGCCGGUGGGGGCUGCCGAUGACAGGCACCCCACUUUUCCUGGUCCAGACGAAUGGCAACCGCUACCCCAGAGAGGAGAGUGUGGUGCUUGGCAUUGUGACCUUCAGCGCCUGGCGCCAGUACCGCGAUGUUGCCGACUUUGAGGCUUCGCGGCCCAAACACCUGGUUCCUUCAGAUUCGGUCUUCUCUUGGGACGGCCGAAAGCCGCUGUUUGCUUGGACCGUCGGCAGGACGGUGGCAUUCCAAAGCCCUGUGCACACAGCCGACUUGCCGAAGAGGAGCAUGCUGGGGUGGGUGAAGCCGGUGCAGCUGACCGCCACAGUCCUCGACGGCGAGGACUGCGCCGAACUCGAGUGA